AUGGCGUCCGACAUGACGAAACCCAUCCUGGACGCUCUGUCCGCGUCCGAUGGCCCCAUUCUCUCCAACGAAGCCUUCCCCUCCACCCCCUCAUUAAAUAUUAAGAGUGCCCUUGACCGCCUCGGCUCGCGACAGAUGGUCGAAUAUGACACCAAGGAGAAGGAGGUUGCCACCUUGACCAAGGAAGGCGAGGAAAUCGCCGCCAAUGGCAGCCACGAAGCGAAGGUGUUCGAGGCGGUCGUGGCCGCCAUGGAGGGGCUCAAGAUCGGCGAUCUGCCUGGGAUUGUCGGCAAGGAGAACGCCAAGGUCGGUCAAGGCAACGCCUUCAAGAAGGGCUGGAUCAAGAAGGACGGCGCGGUCCUGCGGGCGAACACGGAUUCCAUCGUCGACGAGACCCGCGAGCAGCUGUUGACCGUACAGCGCACACGGACCCUCGGGGACCAGAAGGCCCUCCAGGACCUGAAACGGCGCAAGCUGAUCGCCUUCCAGAAGGAGCUCACCUACACGAUCCGUAAGGGCCCCAAGUACGCCCGCGAAUUCGUCAAGGAGGAGACGGACCUGACGGCGGAGAUGCUGGCUAGCGGGGCCUGGAAGACGGCCCAGCUGAAGCCCUACAACUUCAAGGCUAAGGGUGCCCCGACCCCGGCCGGCGCCUUCCACCCGCUCAACAAGGUGCGACAGGAGUUCCGCAACAUCUUCUUUGAGAUGGGCUUCGAGGAGAUGCCCACCAACCGCUUCGUGGAGACGGGUUUCUGGAACUUCGACGCCCUCUUCGUGCCCCAGCAACAUCCCGCCCGCGACCUGCAAGAUACCUUCUACAUUUCCGACCCGCCCAAGGCCGACCCUCCCCGCGAGGACCCGGAGAACGAUCCGCACCGCGUGAAGAUCAUCCAGCCCUCCGGCGCCGCCGCCACCGCGAAGCCCCUCGACUACAAGAAGUACUGGGAGGAUGUGCGUGAGGUGCACCAGAACGGCAAGUACGGCUCCAUUGGGCUACCGGUACCCGUGGGACGCCGACGAGUCGCUGCGACUGGUGCUCCGUACCCACACGACGUCGGUGUCGACGCGGUCGAUGCUACCCAUUUGGCCGAGUUCCACCAGAUCGAGGGUGUCAUUGCCGACUUUGGCCUCACCCUGGGCGGUCUGAUCGGAUUCAUGGAGGUCUUCUUCGCGAAGAUGGGCAUCCACCAGCUGCGGUUCAAGCCCGCGUACAACCCUUACACCGAGCCCAGUAUGGAGAUCUUCGGCUACCACGAGGGCCUGGGCAAGUGGGUGGAGAUCGGGAACAGUGGUAUGUUCCGGCCGGAGAUGCUGGAGCCGAUGGGUCUGCCGAAGGGCAUGCAGGUGUACGGAUGGGGGUUGAGUUUGGAGAGACCGACCAUGAUCAAGUACGGCGUGAGUAACAUCCGAGAACUGCUCGGACACAAGGUCGACCUCAACUUCAUCGAGACGAACCCGGCCGUGAGACUGGAGAAGGAUUAG